CGUCAACAGGGGAAGUGGUGUUGGCUUCUGCGGACUUCCCACUGACGCGCGUCAACUGGGUCAUUCAAACUGUUCUGCGGUCUCCUCGUCGAGCCGGGUUUACAUUUAUAGUGUAUUUUUGGUUGUUGUUUUCGGUUUAUGAUUUUCCGUUUAUUGAGUAUCUUAUCUGUGAAGGUGGCGAGCGUUGUCUACAGGGCUGCAACCGCCGCAUUGAUCAUGAAGCCGCAGGUUGUGUUCGUGCUGGGCGGGCCUGGCGCGGGGAAAGGAACCCAGUGCGUCAGAAUCGUGGAGGUAAGAGAUGGCGACAAAAAAAAAACAAUGAAACGGACAAUGAUAAAAUGAUCAGGGCAUUGAACUGUGUUAGGAAAGAAACCACUAACAGAUUUGAGUGGGUUGUGCCAACUUCUGUCCAGGGGAGACCAGCUAAAUGUAUCAACUUCCGGUUCUUGUCCUCUAAAUGUAGCCUACUCAUUAUGCUAGCUAACAUAGCCACAGAUAGAAGGAGCAGUUACCAGUAUAACUAUGCCAAGACCACACUAGCUAACUAACUACGUGAGUGCAAUGAAUAAUAAUGAUUUUUUCCCCUCCAUCAAUAGACUUUCAACUAGCUAGCUAUGGAUAAAGGUUAUUCCUGAAUACCAGAGAGAGGGGUGUAGUACUUUAAUCAGUGAAGUACUUUAAUUUUUCUAUAAAUCAGGAUCAAUGUGAGUUAGCCAGGUAACUUCGAUAAACAACCAGAAAUAACCACAAUCUAGUUAUGUGUUUUGGGUUUUUGUGUCAAUUAGAAGAUGUUCAUUUUUAGCUUAUCUUUCUUAAAAAUAAAAAGUUAUUUAGGCAUGUUUAGCUGGUUAACUCAUUGAUCCUGUGUUGUAGUAUACCCCUCAGGAGUCAAAGUGGGCUAUAGUUCACCAACGAGAGACAGAGGGUAGCUAGCUUGUUAUGUAAAACAGCAGUGACUUCUAUUCUAAUCAGUAGCUAGUGUUUUCAUGUCUUACACUGAACAGACUGUGCCUCUGUUGAGAAACAGAAGGAAUAGGAAACAGACUAGGCUACUCUGUGUUUAUGGUGGUAGGCUUCUAACUACAUACAGAGUAGCCUAUGCACUGAUAUUGACGUCAUACGGAUGUGUAGUGUACAUCUUAUCAGUUCAGCUGUUGUGCAAUUCACAUUAUGUAAAGGUAUUUUAUCUGCAAUGCACCUGCUCUAACCCUCCAACCAAUGCCCUUGAACAGGGAUUCUUGAGAAAUCAAGGCAUAUGUGUAUCUGAGUCUGGGUGGUGUUUUGCGUCAAUAGAUAAACUCAAGCAAAUAUUUAGCGUCUACUACUGCUAUUCAGCUGUCUGACAUAUUUGCGUCCAACAUUGCAGGCCUCCUUUGGCUUUCUUCUGUGCCAAGUUGUUUCAUGCAUUUGCCAACUACUUUGAUGUGUGUUUAGACUUAUCAGGGAUUGGCAUUAAGGGUUGUCAUAUUGCCCCGGGCAAGUGACAUGAACAGUCGUGCAAGUUGAGCCUGCUCUGUGGUUGCCCCAUUGAACAGGUGAUUUUUUUUCUCUCCUGAUAACAGCCAAAAUGCAAAUGAUUCCAUUAGUCUGAUCUUUCUGGUUCCUCUCCUGUGGGUAGGUGACCUUAAUGUCAAUCCCUGCCCUAUAUUCAUAAUUUAAGGCAGGGGCCAUAUGUGUUUGAGCAAGCAUCCUGAAAUAACACCUGUUCUAUUCAUUCAGCACAAUAGUAGUUAAAGGGCACUAGUGAUGCUGUCUCGUUGCUCCCUAAAGCCCUCCCCUGCUUUCAGUGUCAAUGGAGCACAGAAACACACUGUUGAACAAUAACCAUCUAGCUAUAUAACACAUUACUCUUUUCUAUUUAUCCUCUGCUUAGGACAUUGUUACUAUUGCACUCCUUUUAAAGGAACUACAUUACACCCGGACAAUUUCAUUCUCAUAACCCAAUUGAUUCCUAAACAAAGUAGGCUAGCUACAUUGAUAGGAAAGAUGUAAUGGGGAGAUUUAAGGUGACUAAAGUUAAUAUUUAGUUUAGAGUGAUCAAUAGAAUGUGUAUAUAUAUUUUCCUUUCCGUAAUACACAGGAUUUCUAGUGUUUGUGACACUCAAGGUGCGUGUUGAUGGUCACUAGACUUGAUGCUGAAUGUUAUGGAUUAUUCUCAUAUCUGUUGAUAGUGGUUGACGCCAGACGGAAUGUAUAAGGACAGAGAGAACACUGAUUAUUCACUGUUGUAUUGAUGACAUUCUGGGAACACUGUGUGAUUCUGUAGCAGCUGACAGCACUGCCUUUAGUUUUGACUUCCUACAAGCCUCUCGGGCUGGUGUUUACAGAACAUUUGGUGCUGUCUGAUUAGGAUAUAAGGGCCUGUCUCCAAGAGGCUGGUGUUUACAGAACAUUUGGUGCUGUCUGAUUAGGAUACAAGGGCCUGUCUCCAAGAGGCUGGUGUUUACAGAACAUUUGGUGCUGUCUGAUUAGGAUACAAGGGCCUGUCUCCAAGAGGCUGGUGUUUACAGAACAUUUGGUGCUGUCUGAUUAGGAUAUAAGGGCCUGUCUCCAAGAGGCUGGUGUUUACAGAACAUUUGGUGCUGUCUUAUUAGGAUACAAGGGCCUGUCUCCAAGAGGCUGGUGUUUACAGAACAUUUGGUGCUGUCUGAUUAGGAUAUAAGGGCCUGUCUCCAAGAGGCUGGUGUUUACAGAACAUUUGGUGCUCUCUGAUUAAGAUAUAAGGGCCUGUCUCCCAAUUUGUAAGUUGCUCUGGAUAAGAGUGUCUGCUAAAUGACUUAAAUGUAAAUGUAAAUGUCCUCAAGAGGCUGGUGUUUACAGAACACUUGAUGCUGUCUGGUUAGGAUAUAAGGGCCUGUCUCCCAGACGCUGGUGUUUACAGAACACUUGAUGCUGUCUGAUUAGGAUAUAAGGGCCUGUCUCCCAAACGCUGGUGUUUACAGAACAUUUGGUGCUGUCUGAUUAGGAUGUACAGUGAGGGAAAAAAGUAUUUGAUCCCCUGCUGAUUUUGUACGUUUGCCCACUGACAAAGACAUGAUCAGUCUAUAAUUUUAAUGGUAGGUUUAUUUGAACAGUGAGAGACAGAAUAACAACAAAAAAAUCCAGAAAAACGCAUGUCAAAAAUGUUAUAAAUUGAUUUGCAUUUUAAUGAGGGAAAUAAGUAUUUGACCCCUCUGCAAAACAUGACUUAGUACUUGGUGGCAAAACCCUUGUUGGCAAUCACAGAGGUCAGACGUUUCUUGUAGUUGGCCACCAGGUUUGCACACAUCUUAGGAGGGAUUUUGUCCCACUCCUCUUUGGAGAUCUUCUCCAAGUCAUUAAGGUUUCGAGCUUGACGUUUGGCAACUCGAACCUUCAGCUCCCUCCACAGAUUUUCUAUGGGAUUAAGGUCUGGAGACUGGCUAGGCCACUCCAGGACCUUAAUGUGCUUCUUCUUGAGCCACUCCUUUGUUGCCUUGGCUGUGUGUUUUGGGUCAUUGUCAUGCUGGAAUACCCAUCUACGACCCAUUUUCAAUGCCCUGGCUGAGGGAAGGAGGUUCUCACCCAAGAUUUGACGGUACAUGGCCCCGUCCAUUGUCCCUUUGAUGCGGUGAAGUUGUCCUGUCCCCUUAGCAGAAAAACACCCCCAAAGCAUAAUGUUUCCAUCUCCAUGUUUGACGGUGGGGAUGGUGUUCUUGGGGUCAUAGGCAGCAUUCCUCCUCCUCCAAACACGGCGAGUUGAGUUGAUGGCAAAGAGCUCGAUUUUGGUCUCAUCUGACUACAACACUUUCACCCAGUUCUCCUCUGAAUCAUUCAGAUGUUCAUUGGCAAACUUCAGACGGGCCUGUAUAUAUGCUUUCUUGAGCAGGGGGACCUUGCGGGUGCUGCAGGAUUUCAGUCCUUCACGGCGUAGUGUGUUACCAAUUGUUUUCUUGGUGACUAUGGUCCCGGCUGCGUUGAGAUCAUUGACAAGAUCCUCCCGUGUAGUUCUGGGCUGAUUCCUCACCGUUCUCAUGAUCAUUGCAAUUCCACGAGGUGAGAUCUUGCAUGGAGCCACAGGCCGAGGGAGAUUGACAGCCUUUUGUGUUUCUUCCUUUUGUGAAUAAUCGCACCAACUGUUGUCACCUUCUCACCAAGCUGCUUGGCGAUGGUCUUGUAGCCCAUUCCAGCCUUGUGUAGGUCUACAGUCUUGUCCCUGACAUCCUUAGAGAGCUCUUUGGUCUUGGCCAUGGUGGAGAGUUUGGAAUCUGAUUGAUUGAUUGCUUCUGUGGACAGGUGUCUUUUACACAGGUAACAAGCUUUAAGAGUGUGCUCCUAAUCGCAGCUCGUUACCUGUAUAAAAGACACCUGGGAGCCAGAAAUCUUUCUGAUUGAGAGGGGGUCAAAUACUUAUUUCCCUCAUUAAAAUGCAAAUCAAUUUAUAACAUUUUUGACAUGCGUUUUUCUGGAUUUUGUUGUUGUUAUUCUGUCUCUCACUGCCAUUACAAUUAUAGACUGAUCAUUUCUUUGUCAGUGGGCAAACGUACAAAAUCAGCAGGGGAUCAAAUACUUUUUUCCCUCACUGUAAGAGCCUGCUCAGAAGAGGCCAGUUAGACAUUUUCUCUGCUUCUGUGCUGGGUGUGUGGUGUCUCCCCGUUGCAACUUGUACUAAACCGGAUUGACUUGAUUGACUUUAUGAACGAGUGCUUUCCUUUGUGUUCUGCUGGACAUUCCUCUUACAAUACAAGUAUACAAAUGUUUUUGUCCCAUUGUUCUCCAUAAGCGGUUGAACCAGUAAUUAUUAUUAUUCGAGGAGUGCACUGUGUUGUUUUGGUUAAGGCUGGCAUUAACCCUCUGUGUUGUUUUGGUUAAGGCUGGCAUUAACCCUCUGUGUUGUUUUGGUUAAGGCUGGCAUUAACCCUCUGUGUUGUUUUGGUUAAGGCUGGCAUUAACCCUCUGUGUUGUUUUGGUUAAGGCUGGCAUUAACCCUCUGUGUUGUUUUGGUUAAGGCUGGCAUUAACCCUCUGUGUUGUUUUGGUUAAGGCUGGCAUUAACCCUCUGUGUUGUUUUGGUUAAGGCUGGCAUUAACCCUCUGUGUUUUUCCCAGAACUACAGUUACACUCAUCUGUCUGCCGGAGACCUGCUGAGGGCUGAACAGAGCCGAGAGGGGUCCGAGUUCGGACAGCUCAUCGAUAACUACAUCAAGGAUGGCAAGAUCGUCCCUGUCGAGAUCACCAUUAACUUACUCAGGAAGGUAUGCACUAACUCCAGGUACCUAUGACUACAGGGUUUGUGUUAACUGUUGACCUUUAGGAAGCUGGCAGUUAGCAUUACUAUUAGCUUGGAUAAUAUGGAGUAGCGCUAUCCAGUCAUUUUGGUCUGAGUACUAAAAUAGUCUCUGUCAUUGCUCCAUAGGCUGAAUUAAUCCUUGCUUCACCCUUAAAGGGAUAGUUCACCCAAAAUAUGUUUAAUAUCAGAUGCAUAUAGUGAGGUCUACAGGUGGUGUGUAAGACUUUUUAGACAUAAAAAUGUCUGACUUCGAUUUGGGGAAGAACAUCCCUUUUAACUUCCACUUUCCUUUGUCCUCAGGCCAUGGAGGAGACCAUGCAGAUAGACGAGAAGAAGUUCCGCUUCCUCAUCGACGGCUUCCCCCGAAACGAAGACAACCUCCAGGGGUGGACCGCUGUCAUGGACGGGAAGGCUGACGUCAAAUGUGUGCUUUUCUUCGACUGUAGCAAUGAGGUAAUAAUACACCUUGGGGGGAGGAUCUCCACGAGGAAGGUGAGGGGACGAAGAGGGAGGGGCAACAGAUCAGAUAUGACACAUUUGGAGUACGACUUUUAUUUCUGAAAGUUGCCUCCGAGUGUGAAUGGCUUUUAUUGCUUGGCUGACAGUGUAAUACUUUAUCCUGAGAGCUGUGUUUUGUCUUGUCUACAGGUCUGUAUCAACCGAUGUCUAGAAAGAGGGAAGAGCAGUGGCCGGACCGAUGACAACAGAGCGAGCCUGGAGAAAAGGUAGUGUCCAAACUCUAAGGCUUGCCAUGAUCACCGACCACUGACCUCUUUUAAUAUGAACUGGACCUCUCAAAAUGGCACACGGCUCUUGCUCAUUUAAAAGAAGGUGUACUUAUAAGGCGCCAUAUGUUGAAAUAGCUCUGCUGUUUCCUGGUUUCUAAAAUUCUAAUUUCAGUUAAUGCGACACAACAAGCAAUGUAUAGUGUAGAGCAGGGCUGUCCAACCCUCUUCCUGGAGAUCUACCGUCCUGUAGGUUUUCAGCCCAACCCUAACUUAGCGUAUCUGAUUCAGCUAGUUAAUGUCUUGUUGAGCAGCUAAUAAGUAGAAUCAGGUGUGUUAAAUUAGGGUUGGACUGAAAACCCACAGGACGGUAGAUCUCCAGGAAGAGGGUUGGGCUGAAAACCUACAGGACGGUAGAUCUCCAGGAAGAGGGUUGGGCUGAAAACCCACAGGACGGUAGAUCUCCAGAAAGAGGGUUGGGCAGCCCUGGUGUAGAGAAUCAUCAUGCUAUCUUAACCGCUGUGAAAUAUAGUUUCAGUUACCAAAAAUUUUGUAAUUUCAGCAGUUUUAAGUUGGUGUACUAAACCGAAGGUAAUAUGAAGCAAAAACUAAACGAGGGGAAGCAUAUCAAUAUUUAAUAUAGAACAUAUCUACUGUUAAUCAGACUUGCUUGCAAUGAGAAUGACAGAUCUAUAACUCGCAUUUCUAUCUGAAAUCAGUCAGGUUGUACACGAAACUACAUAAUGCACCUUUUAAUAAUGGACUUUAGUGAAAAAAACAUUGGCGGGCAUUGCUUUUGAGAUUGCGAUUUUCAGUCCCACCUUGACUCAGCCUUAAAAGGAAUAUACACGGGAGCAUGUUUUAGCUUGGCUGUAUGUACCAUUUUGGGUCUCCUCUGAGUCCUGGGUGCUGGUCAGCCCUGUUUCUGAGCCUCUGUUUCCUCCCCUGAAGGAUCCAGACCUACCUGCAGUCGACACGGCCAAUCAUCUCACUGUAUGAGAAACAGGGCAAGGUGCGCACCGUGGAUGCCUCGUGCGGUGUGGACGAGGCAAGCAACAGGAGUAUACAGCACUGCACCAUUGCAGUCACACAUGAUGGGCAUUUGGAACACGCUCAGUAGUACACACUCAGUAGUACACACUCAUUCACUGAUCUUAUAAUUCAGUAUGAAUUCCCUCAAUCUGAGUUGUUUCUUUCCCUAUUGGUUGUCUCUCUCUUCCCUUGCAAACUCCGGAGGGCAGUCACACACUUGUGCCCAGGCGAUUGCACAUGUAUUGCGAUUGCACAUUCUCUAAUGCAUCUCUUUCUCUCCCUGUCUGUUUCAGGUGUUUGCCAAUGUCAAAACCAUCCUGGACAAAGAGGGUUGAAAUUCCGCACACUGCCAACAACUACAAUUCACAGCUACUUUUAGUUGUUAUUUUUAUCAACGGCAGCAACAAUAUUCUCCUGUUUAUUUCCAUUCAUGACUUUUUACCUUUAUUAUUAUUUUAAGGGGGCGGGGGGUCUUUAUUUUGUGAAUGCCGAGCUGCUCGUCCAAGGGUGAGUGUGUGUAUGAGUGAAUAAGAUGGGUAGUACGAUGCUCUGAUGACAAACCUUACAUGGGUGCACUAUGAUAGUAGUACACCGACUGACAUGCCUGUCAUUUUAGUCCGGGGGGCCUUUGAAUAGGGACAAGACUAGUAGAAUUGCUCUUUGCUUUGUGAGAUGCUCGUUUCUGUUGUCAAGCAGAGGCAUAUACAGUACUGUAUGUUAACAAAAUUACGUUCUCUGUGAUAAAAUCUCUGUACUAUAAAAGUGCACAAAGAUCAGCUCUCGACCCACGUUUUUGUUGCGUGUUAUUUUUUAAAUCAUUGAUUACACGACAAAGGGAAAAGGAGCAGUUUUGUUGAAUUGGAGUAUGUUACCCAUAUAAAGUGGGAGAAAAAGUAAAUGACAGACAAACCAAAUAUACCCCCCUCUCGUGUCUGUCUG